CUUCUCUCCUUCUCUAGCCAAGCACAACCUCAACAGCCAACACCAUGUGUGGAAGCUACUGCGGAAACUCUUAUGGAGGCUGCGGCUAUGGAGGCUACGGCUAUGGAGGCUGUGGCUACAGAGGCUGUAGCUAUGGAGGCUGUGGCUACGGAGGCUGUGGCUAUGGAGGCUGCGGCUAUGGAAGCCUGGGCUGUGGCUAUGGCUCCUGCUAUGGCUGUGGCUUCCGUAGACUAGGCUGUGGCUAUGGCUGUGGCUACGGGUAUGGCUCCCGCUCUCUCUGUGGCUGCGGCUAUGGAUGCGGCUCUGGCUACGGCUGUGGCUUUGGCUACUACUAUUGAGGACACCAUGGGAGAGUUUUAUCACCUGCACAUGUAACUUCAUGCUUCACCAGCCUUGAUUCCCAUGCCCUUGUGUUCCCACACUAGAUUGGGAUAAUUCUGAUGUGAUUUGCAGAUUACCUACAGUCUGGCGGCUCCUGUCUGGAUCUGAAACCCUUAAUUAUUUAUCCCCAACCUUUGCUUCCUAAAAAGGGAGAAUGUGAUUUUCAUCCUGUGAACCCACUUUACCUUCUUACCGGUCACUGAUCCUACCUUGAUAAUUCUCAUGCAUGUUUCCCAGUGAUCUUAAUAAAUUUGGCUAAUCUGAAAUAGAAACCUUGGUUUUCUUUCUGUUUAUUAUAAGAAAUAGAACUUAUUGUAUUUAACAAUUUUUUUUUGUAUUUGCUUGAUUCCAAGAAAGGUUGAAAUUGCUUGUUUUUGCCAUAUAUAUUUUUUGCUCUCUACGAGUUGCUCUACCAGUUCUAUUGUGUCUCUGUUGCUGGGAGGUUUUAGACUAAAUGACAUAACAUUUUUCAAUUAGUUCAUUUUGCUUAGCUCAUGGUAAAUAUUCUGUGUAUCUUUUUCCUGCAUAAACCAUCAUCUGCAAAGCCUCCCUAAAUCAUUUUUUUAUGUUUUAUUUUUAAAUUACAGACAGAAAAGUUCACUCCCUUGGUGUAGAGUUCUGUGAUUUUGAAAAAUGCAUGAUGUCGUGGUACAACCAUCACAAUCAAGAUGUAAAAUAGUGCCAUCACACUCCCCCCCCCAAAUUUCUCAUGCUUUGUUUUCUUUGUGGUUUCAAGUUUUUAUUUAAACUCCAGUUAGUUAACAUACAGUGUAAUAUUGGUUUCAGGAGUAGAACUUAGCAAUUCAUCACUUACAUAUAAAACCCAGUGCUCAUCACAAGUGUCGUGCUUAAUGCUCAAC